GCUGCAGUGCUGCUGUACGUGUGUGGGCGGGGGCGGGGGGCAGCGUGGGGAACGCUCUUCUUCGCCCCAGGUUUUCCUUCUGUUCCUUCCUCCCUGUUCUGCCUGGAGUCAGAGUAGGUGGGAACUUUCUUGAGUAUUUUACGAAGACCAGCGCUCUGCUGCAGCUCUUGUCCACCUGCUAUUUUGACGAGAAAAGAGGGGUAGGAGCAGUGACCAUGGGGCUGGUGAGAAGACAGAGGCACCAGACCCCCCUGAAGCUCUGUCAGGAAAGUCUCAAGGUUUUGUCAAGUGUCCAUCUCAGGUAAACCUUGCCUUGGGGUCCCCUGAGGCAAGUGUGGUGUCAUCCAAGCUCUCAACUAUUUGUGAGGCGGUUUGCAAGGGGGUGGGAAGUUGGGUUCACUGAGAAAAUAUCCACUCCAGUUGCCAGUUCAUUUGAUAGCAGAUAACAUAGAUGGGGAGUCUAGUUUAUGGGGCUCAAUUAAACUGAUUUUCCAGCACUCGGAUCAUAGUCGCAGAGGCGGGUGAACAGGAAGCUCCUUGGCCAUGCUGUGAUGGCAGCUGGGUUCGGCACCAGCAUGCGGAGGUUGUGCUGGAUCUUUGGCAUGAGCUGGGCUUGUCGGCAGUGAAAAUGGCCGGCUGCUCAGCAGGCUUCACUGUGCAGGGCGCCAAACUUCUUUUCCCUCCGACCACUGGCAAAUAGGAGGACCUAACGGUGUUGUGUGCUCCUGGGAGGCCGGGCACAGCUCAUAGUCUUCCAGGCACCUUCUCCAGCUCAAGGCACAUUUCUGGCCACUUUGGAAACUACAGGCAUACCUAGUCUAAGAGAAGCUCCUCUAGGGACCCUCAGCCGACCGGGUGCAGACUGUCAGGGGGAGAGCAACAGGGCCUCUAGUCUGCCUAGAAGGCAGCCAGGCAAGACCUCAGGGACCUGGCGCCUGUGCCCACCUCUCCUGCAGAUGCCCCAGCUGCACAUGCCUCCAUGUGUUUGCUCUCUCCAAGGCUCGUUGGUGCAAGUGCAGUGGUUAAUAUUUAAUGCCUGCGCAGGAAUGACUGGGCUGUGAGCUCUCAGUCCAUCCCCUUGUCUCCAAGGAGGUCAAAGGUUAAGAGAUACCAGACUCCCCCGCUUGAGUGUUGUUCUCAGACUUCUCACCAGGCAGGAACCAGGCCUUGAUGACCACCCUGAAAUAGACCCCAAGUUUCAAGGUUGUAAAGUUGGUGAAAAGAAAUGUCCAGACCAAGUGAAGCUGGCCAGAGAGAACAGAGAGACUAGCCACACUUGAGGCAUAGCAGGGUGCCAGGUGGGGCGGCAGGUACUGAGUCUUUUUCAGGGUGAUUUACAGAUUAGGUCGAGAGUUCAGAGUUUAUGGGGCUCAAUUAAACUGAUUUUCCAGCACUCGGGUCAUAGUCGCAGAGGCGGGUGAACAGGAAGCUCCUUGGCCGUGCUGUGAUGGCAGCUGGGUUCGGCACCAGCAUGCGGAGGUUGUGCUGGACCUUUGGCAUGAGCUGGGCUUGUCGGCAGUGAAAAUGGCCAAGUUGCAUAGGUUUCUUUGAAGUUCUCUCUCCUUUAGACACAGCUGACAUUGGGACAAAGUUGUGACCAGAACAGCAGUUUCCGGUGUUCCGUGGGAGGGGAGUGAAAGGAAAGAGUGAUCCUGGGCUCAGGUGUUUGGAGGGUGAAGUGGGGGCACCUGCAGGCACGAGGCUGAUUUCUUGCAUGGAGCCAGGUUCCAGGCUGCCCUCUGCAUGGCCGCCUGUAAAGAGCUGGGCUCUAUCCCUGCUUGUCCCAGACAGGAGAGCAGAAAGAGCUGGAGCAGAAAGGAUUGUCUCUGCCUGUCUGACCAACCCAUGCACCAGAACGUGGCCACUCCAGGAUAAGGCCGGUGAAGCUGCCAUGGUGCUGUCUCUUCCAGCUGCUCCACUUUGGAAGGACAGAAGUUCCUCAUGCAAUGGGGAGUGGCCUGGGCAGAACAAGGGCAACCACUUCCUCCGAAAGGGAGAAGUGGCACCUGCUCACCCACUCCUAGAGAUGAUUAGAUGAAUUGCAGUGAAUCACCUUAUCACCUUUAAUAUUGACUGACUGAUAUUUCAGAUAAGAAAAUGAUCCAGAAACUGAACCCUUGGAUCCACACUGCCUUUCUCAAAAUGAUGCCUUUGUCUUGCAUAGUUUUGCAGUCCUCAUACUUCACAAAUGCUCACAAAUGUUAGUUUGACUGAAAGGAUUGACAGAAUUCCAUAGAGCCACAUAUUCUCUGGGAAGUAAAAUACUUAAGGGAUUAUAAAAAACAGAUGGAGGGGCUCAGCACUCAGUACAGGCCAAUGCCAUGCGCGAAGGCCCCCUCACACCUUCAUGGCCAAUCCCAGUUCAGUCCCCAGGCAUCAUUAGUGCAGCCCUGGAGGCCUCAGGCCCUACUGCGGUGGUCCAGGUAGCCCCCAGCAUUUCAGGGUGGGGACAGACUGUAUCCUCAGGUCCUUGCACAGAGUCCCACUCAUGGGACUCCCCAGACAUCCUGAGCGCCUCUCAGAUACCUUAAGUAAAUGAAUUAAUUAAAUAAGAUAAAUGAAGAGCGAAAGGAAUCUAUCAUCUCAGCAGGCUCACUCACCCAGUGUUUUCUGAGCAUCUCUGUGUGACUAGGUAGAGGGGAUGCCCUUUGCUGCAAUGCUUUCUGACUUCCAGGGACCUGGUCUUUCUCUUCAGUGGCUUAUUCUUCUCUUUCUGCCCCCUGAGGGCCUCUUUCCAGGCAGAGGGGCCUUGUGCUUGCCUGUUCUAUAUCAUUGGCAGACCAACUCACCCAGUAAAGCUAAAUCCGGCUUUGGCACUAAAGACACUUAUUGGCAAAAGCCUAUAAGACACCUUCCCUGGAAUUCAAGUCCCACAUCCCAAUCUCAGUUGGAACAGACUUUUCUAGAGCAUCUUACCUAGAAUUGUGGGUAGGGAAAACAGUACAAAGUACGGCCUGUCAUGGGGGUUCUUGAGGCUCAGGGUCAGGCCAAUGGCCUUCCCAUUCUUCCUUCCUCUCCUUUCUGUUUGACCUCCGAACCACCUUUUAAACCAGGUGUUAUUAGAAGUUCUUUUUUUUUUUUUUUUGCCUAGAAGAGUCUCACAAACAGGCAGUCGGAGCCCUUGGGACAGUAAAGGGAAAGCCCCGGCCCUGGGCAUGGGAGCCAGGACCUCUCAGCCCUCCCCAGCCAGUUCCUUCAACACACAUCAGGAGCCUCCUUGGGAGCCAGCAAGGGGAGAGGGCUGGAACCUGACUCCUGAACUAGUGAGAAUGCUGCUCCACAGGCUGCGGUCACCGUGGCCAGGUGCUGUCAGCACAGGGCUUCAGCGGGAGUGCCCCAAGUUUCCACGCGCUGAGAGCCAGGGAUCCACCAGGCUGUCUUCGGUUGACACCUGCACACAGCAGAGUCGAGAUUUGAACAUAGACGUCUCAUACGAGAGAGGUCUGGGAGACAGUGGUCCCGAGGAGUGAGGUCUCCCCUGCCCGGACCCUCCUCCCACCCUCACUGCAGCUUCUGUGCGUGUGGGGCCAUGCGGGGCCUCCUCGGGGUGGUGCUGCCUGUGGCCCUUCCUGCUCGCUGUCUGCUUGGUGUUCCUGCCGUAUGCUGCCCAGGGCUGGGCUCACACGUAGCUCUCUGAUCCUUCUCUUUCAGGCCGGCUGGGGACUUCUCCGCUUCUCUUCGCUUCCCCUCUGGGGGCCGCUUUAGCUGCCCCUGCACCGCACCUUGCUUCCGGCUAUGCCUGAGAAGGAGCCGUGGCUGGUGGGGCCUGGCUCAGCACCCAGGACCCAAGUUGGCAGCUGUGACAGAAUGAAGAGCUCCACCUCCGCCUGCUCUGGAUCUAGUGACGGCAGCUACGACUUCCUGUCUGCCGAGGAGAAGGCGUGCCUGCUCUUCUUGGAGGAGACCAUUGGCUCCCUGGAUACUGAGGUUGACAGUGGACUGUCCACAGAUGAGUCUGAACAGGUCACGAUCCCUCAAGCCCCUGCAGCUCUGCCCACCACACAGCCCACAUCUCAGGGCUCUCCAGAGGGGGAGGCGCCUCCACCAGUCCCUGAGAAGGGAUCUGGGCCUGAGCACCAUGGUGUAGCCCAACCUGGCCGGGCCUUCUGCACUGGCUCCCACAGCCUUCCCAGAAACAUCAAUAUCAACAGAUGCCAUUCUCCAAUAGGCAGAGCCCCUGAGGCUGCGGUCCACCCUGCAGGAGCUUCUGAGGGGCUUUUCUGGGCACCUGACCGGAAACAGAGUGCCACAGUCCCAGCUAGAGAGGCAGUACUGGGCACAGUUCUCAUUCCCCCUCCAGAGGGGUUCCGGGACACCCAGCCUGAGCUGAGCUUGGAGCCUCAACUGCCCUCAGGACCAGGGCAGCAGCUCAGUGCCCUGCAGAGAAAAGAAACUCGGGCAGAAACCAUGGCCCAGAGAGCCAACGAGUCAGGAGGUGCCUGGCCUCCUUCUGCAGCAUCCUCCCAGGACAGAGCUCAAGAGACUGUAGCCAAGUCAGGGAGUGAUCCAGAGACCCAGCUGGCCCUCACCACCGCCCCCAAGUCCCGGAAACUGCCUCCAAACAUUGUUCUCAAGAGCAGCCGCAGCAGCUUCCGUGGGGACCCGCACACCUGGCUGGCCCGUCCUUCUGAAACUGCCCCUGGAGACUCUGGCCUGGCCUCCCCAUCCCUGCAGGAGCAGAGGCGGGCACGCCGCGAAGCUCUGGAGAAGCUGGGGCUGCCCCAGGACCAGCAGGAGCCUGGUGCCCACACAAGCAAGCUCAGCAGACUCAAGGAUCCCCAUGCUCCAGGCUUGGCUCAGCCUGCAGCACCCACUCAGCCCACACCCCCCAGACUGGCCCCUGGGGCCCCCCAGGUGACCCCUCCAGGGAAGGCUUCUGCCCAGGGUUCUUUUGCAGACAAGGUCUGGACUCCUGCCCAGGAUCCCGCUGCAGGGGAGACUCCAGUGCUCUCAUCCAGGCCGGUUCCUAUUCUGAGGUCUCUGGGAGCUCGGAGUCCCCCGGCUCUGCAGAAACUCGGCUCAGAGCUGCCAUUGCAGGAGAGCGGCCUCCCUGGCUCAAGGCAGAUGAGCUUCAAGUCCAAGACUCUAGAGCGGUCAGGUGUGGGCCUGAGCAGCUCCCUCUUUGCAGAGAAGGGCCCUGACCCCCAAGCCAUCAGCUCUCUGGAGAAGGCCUCCUUCCUGGACAAGACCUCCCCCAUUGCCCAGCAUCGCUAUCGUCCCCGGCCUGCCUCCCUGGGCACUGGAAAGGACUUUGCGGGCAUCCAGGUGGGCAAGCUGGCCGAGUUGGAGCAGGAGCAGACCUCCAAGCACCUGGCUUACCAGGGACAGAGCCGUGACAAACUGCCCCGCCCUCCCUGUGUCAGUGUCAGGAUCUCCCCCAAAGGGGUCCCUGAUGAGCACAGAAGGGAGGCUCUGAGGAAGCUGGGCCUGCUGAAGGAGUAGGAUGGUGGCCAGCAGGGCCAGAGGACCUCGCAUUUCCAUGAGGUGCCUUGGAAGUGCAGGGGAGAGACAAACCUAUGCACACGUAUACUCAGAGCAGCCAUACCUGCUCAGUCCACAUCCCGAAGAUGACUGCCACAGGAGGUUUGUGUGGAUGUGUGCGCAAGCGUGUGUGAGCGUGAGUGUGUUUGUGUAUAGUGUGUGUGUGCAAGUGUGAGAGUGGAUGAGAAUGAAUGAGUGUGAGUGUGUGGUGGGUGUGUGAGCAAACAUGUUGGUGGGGGGGAGUGUGUGUACAUGUGAGUAUGGGUGAGUGUUUUGGUGAAUGUAUGUUAAUGUUGGUGAAUAUGCAGACAUAUGAGUGUAUGAGUGGACUUGUAAGUGUGGAUGUGAGAGAAAGCUGUGUGUUUAGAGGCCCGCUUUGUUGGAGAUACCAUUGCAAGUGGUCAGGGUUCACCAUUGCUGGACAUGGGGUCCCAGGACCCCUGUUAGAAAUGGGAUGGACUCAAGCCUUGCUGGAUCCUUUCUCAGGCCAGAUCCUCUGGACCAGGGUCCCAAGAGGAGCAGGAUGUAUCCUGUAAUUCGGAUUCUCAGCUGGCAGACAACAGAAGAGCCCUGUGUGUUUGUGAUUGUGGUACGAGUGACCUCAGGGCACAUGUCUGCGUGGGGUGGGUCCUGUGCACAGAAUCAACAAUUCCACAAUAAAACAUGUACGAGUCUCACUCCUUGCUCCUGUUCUUCCUACUCCUCAUCCUCCUUUAGCCAGCAUAUCCCCAUGCCUGUGGGGCCAGUCUCCCUCUGCAAGGAGCCGGAGCCCAAGCGCUGAGACCUGUGCAGACCUUGUUGAUGUUGUAAAUGAUAUUCAUCUCAUCACUCAUCACUGGCUGACCUAUGUGACCCACAAGUUUCUAAGGGUGCCUAGACAACACUCAACCAGUCUGUUGAGGAUAGUGACUGCCGGUGUGAAGGAUGACCCUCCACGGUCACUGCCUGAGGAGGGAGCAACUGUCC